AUGAUGAUGAAGUCUGGAACUGAGGAAGACAAGACCACCUGUAAACGGGAAGUGGAUCACAAGGAUUAUAAGUCCAGAAGAACUGAUUGGAUGAUUGAGAACAGCCGGUCGGCCGGUUCUGCAGAGAUGGAGGUGGUUCUGCCGAAGCCUCUGUUCCACCUGGACCUCUGGCUCUGCUUCACCGUACAGAACUGGAUCCUGGAUGUGGGCCGACCUGUCGCCAUGCUGGUCGUCCCAGCAGGCUGGUUUCCUCUGAACCGUCCAGGUGCUGCAGAAUACCUCCACAUACUGUACAACAUCAGCACGCCGCUUGUGCUGCUCAAAAUGCUCGAACGCAGUCCCAGGACGCUGCCCCGCCUCGCCGUGCGCCUCGGCAUCAUCUCUGUCGUCAUGGGAACCAGCCUCCACCUGGUGGCCGACUCCAUCACCCGGCGGCUCCUGCUGAUUGGCUACCAGCUGCACCUGUCGGUCAGAGAGAAUCCAAUCAUGAAGAAGCUGAACCCGUCCUCCCUGGUCGACGCCUUCGAGCUCCUGUUUUACUAUGACGACACUCUUGGUCAUCUGAUGUGGUACGGUCCUCUCUUCUUCGUCCUCUUCCUCUUCUUCAGUGGUUGUUUCAGUCACAGGAAACAGGAGGGAAAGAUGCCACCGGCAGCAUGGAUGCUACUGGUCCCCAGCAGCACCUACUACUGGUACCUGAUAACUGAGGGACAGACCUUCAUCCUCUUCAUCUUCACCUUCUUCGCCAUGACCGCCACAGUGAUGCACCAGAGGAGGCGGGGCAUGGUUCCCGACAGCAACGGCGUCUUUAUGCUCUACAGUUUCUCUGCAGCUCUGUUCCUGGUGGCGGUCUGGGUGGUCUGUCUGUGGAACGACGGCGUCCUGAGGAAGAGGCAUCCCGGGCUGAUCUACGUCCCGCAGCCUCGCGCCGUGUACACACUCCACCUCCACAACACACACACACAAACUGCUUCGACUUCCUCCUCCAACACACUCGACGUGUCCCUGUAG